ACCGGAUGUAUACAGAGACCAGAGGCACUGAGGGCCACUGAAGGACACUGAGGGUCCCGAAGUGCUGGAAGUAGGCAGAAGUGGGCUGUAACAGGAGCUGCGUGGACAUGCUGCUGUGUCUGCUGCUGCUCCUGCUGCUGCUCCCCCUGGCCAUGCUCUGGCAGCAAAGGUCCAAGGAUUCCCGGCUGUCCUGGCUGACUAACCUCCGGCACCAGAUGGCCUGGGUGGGGCUGGGCUGGGCAGCAGCUUGGCAGCAGAGGAGACUAGAACAGAGCACCCUACACGCUGGUCAGAGCCAGCAGCGGGCCCUUGUGUGGUGUCUGCAAGGCCAGGGUCUCCGCUGUCCUCCUGGGGGGAACACAGAUGUGAAUACCUUCCGGAAUCAUCUCCCACUGACUAAAGCUAAUCCAGACCAGGAGGAAGAAAGUAAGGGGCAAUUCCUGGCCCCUGCCUCACUCCAGUACCAUGGGGAGGCUUCUCUACAGGCCACCCUGCUGGGUCUGGUAGCCUUAAACAAGGCCUACCCUGAGGUGCUGGCUCCAGGAGGUACUGCUUGCCUGACUCUUACAUCCCCAUGGCCCUAUCCUCUCCCCUGGCUUGGGCAUGCCCUGGGCUGGGUGAGCCCUUCUGGAGCCAAGGACCCUCGGACCCUACUACUGGAGGCACUGAGGUCCUCGGGGCUGAGGGCCCUGGAGGCGGGGACUGCCGUGGAACUCUUGGACAUCUUCAUGGGCCUGGAGGCCCAGGGAAAAGAGCUGGCUGAGGCAGUAGCUGCCGGGAACCCAGGAGCGCCUCUCCCCCAACGGGCAGCUGAGAUACAGGAGGCCCUGGAGCAGGGAGCCCGAGGACUGGCCCUUCGGCUCUGGCCACAGCUGCAGGUGGUGGUGACUCUGGAUGCAGGAGGCCAGGCUGAGGCUGUGGCUGCCCUUGAGGCCUUGUGGUGCCAAGGGCUAGCCUUCUUCUCUCCUGCUUACAUUGCCUUUGGAGGAGUGGUGGGCUUGAACCUGUGGCCAGAGAAGACUCAGAGAUUCUACCUUCUGCCUCCUGGAGCCCCCUUUAUUGAACUGCUCCCAGUCGGGGAAGGAACUCAAGAGGAGGCGGCCUCCACUCUCCUCCUGGUUGAGGCCCAAACAGACAAGGAGUAUGAGCUGGUGCUGACUGACCACACAAGCCUGACCAGGUGCAGACUGGGUGAUGUGGUACAAGUAGUUGGCAUCUACAAUCAAUGUCCCGUUGUCAGAUUCACCUACAGGUUGGGCCAGGCCUUGAGUGUGCGGGGAGAAGUUACUAGUGAGAAAGUGUUCUCAGAGGCCCUGGCCCAGGCAGUGGGGCAGUGGCCAGGGGCCAAACUGUUGGAUCACAGCUGUGUGGAGAGCCACAUUCUGGACUCCUGUGCAGGCGCUGCGCCGCACUAUGAGGUGUUUGUGGACCUGAGAGGGCUGAGGAAUCUGUCGGAGGAGAAUCGAGAGAAGCUUGACCACUGCCUCCAGGAAAUUUCUCCUCACUACAAGUCCCUGCGCUUCCGAGGCAGCGUGGGCUCUGCUAGAGUCCAUCUGGUAAGGCCGGGGGCCUUCAGAGUGCUCCGGGAGGCCCUGGCGGCCAGCCCUUCGUCCUCCUUUCCUCCCGAGAUGCCCCGGGUCCUCAGGCACAAGCACCUGGCCCAGCUCCUGCAGAGAAGAGCGGUGUCCUAGCCAAGGCUGCUGCUGCCCCUCUGCCCUCUAAGGCCACUUUUACUCCUUCCUCGGGAGCGUCUCUGGACGGUGAGGCCCAGGAACAGAGGUCACCUGACAUGGGUCCAUCAGAGCUACUUAGCCUUGGGGAAAAGUUGGACUCAUUGGCCAGUUCUGAGGUGCAGGAUUGGGCCCACCUUGGAGAACACCACUGGGAAGUUCAGACAUACCCCCAGUGCUUCCCGCAUCUCAGCCUGAUGGGACUCCCUGGCCCCACUCAUGUGCUUGACCAGGGUACCGCAUGAGCUGAAAGUGGUAUGAGCUAAUGCCUCCGGAAAGUCAUCUCAGUCCCUAAGGAGCAGGAAUAAGUGAGAAAAGACCUCAGUGUCAUUGUCUCCGUGUGGGACAGGUAUUAUCAAUGACUUCCUGAGGGCUCCAAGUAGCUGUAACCCACUCUCUGAUGUUCUUUUUAGCCCUCCCCUCCUCUUCCCUUCCCUCACUUGCCCACUCCCUUACUCUGUCUCUGGGAUCAACUCCUAAGUAAACCUCUUGUAACCAGAUUCUGGACUUGGUCUGCUUCGGGGAAGCCAUGUGGAGUCUCAUGCACACUGCGCCUCUUGUAGCCUGGCCUCUCUUCUCUGGUCCCUCCAUUCUUCCACCCUGAGCUCCAGAGCUUCUCCUCGACCCUUCAUUCUGGCUGUGUCAGCUCGCAGGAUUGUAUGCCCACAGGAUCCUUCAAAGGCUCCCACCAUGGCCUGGCACAACUCAACAGAUGUUCCCUACCACCCCAUCCCAAGCACAGCUCAAAGAUGGAGGAGCUCUUGCCAUCUUCCCCAACGCUGCCUUAGCACUGGGCUCCUACCUGCCCAGCACCCAAAAAUCACUUCCAUGGUGGGCAUGGGGGAAGCUAGUAUUCACAUUAAAACAGUAUCAAGGGGGCUGGAUGGAUGGCUUAGCGGUUAAGGCGCUUACCUGCAAAGCCAAAGGACCCAGGUUCAGUUCCCAAGGACCCAUGUAAAACCAGAUGCACAAGGAGGCAUACG